AUGGAUCCGGGGCAGCCUGACAGCAAGCGUCCCCGUCUCUCGACUACCAACUCGUGGUCACCAACCGGCGCACCACAACAUCAACUCCCGCCUCUUCACCCGCCGUCGUCGCUACCACCGACGCCUCAUCAGGCUCACCACCCGGGGCCGCCGCCUCCCAUCCCGCCGUACCAUCAAUCGCAGCCGCCGCCGCCGUAUCCUCCUCCUCCUCGCUCGGCCGAACCCCAUCAUCCUCCUCACCCGGCCCAGCAACAUCCCGACGAGCGACGACACCAUGACCAAGAGUCUCCGUACAACACGCCGAUGCAGGAACACUACCGACACCCGGCCUCUCCCUCACCUGCGCACCCUUCCUACAACCCGUUUCCUCACCGAGACCCUGGGAGCGUGAAGAGAGAACCGCACGAAGACGGCCUACCGCACCCCAGACGGCCGCAUUCGACGGGAGGCGCGCCCAACGACGGCCUGCCGCCGCCGGGCCCUCACCCGCCCCCGCAUUCCGCGCCGCCGCCUGUCCCUCCGUAUUCCGACGACCCACGACGACCGCCGCACAUGAGCUACGAGAGCGCGCCGCCACAGAUGCCCCCCACGCCGGGGGGCUACAGGAGCUACCCAGGGCCGCCGCCGCCCAUCUCUCAACCUCCUCCUCCCGCUCCUCCUCAGCAGUAUGAGCAGCCUCCUUACCAUCCUCAACCGGCUCCCGAGAGCCUGUAUAUCUCGUCUUACGCGUCCACCCAGAAGCGGAAGGCGACACGAGCAUCCCAGGCUUGCGACAGUUGUCGGCAGUUGAAGGCGAAAUGCGACGAAACAAAGCCUUGCAAGAGUUGUAGGGAAAAGGGCGUGGAAUGCAAAUAUCGUGACCCUGUGCCCAAGGCGAUGGACAAGACGCAGACCGACAUUCUCGAUGCCAUCUUAGAAAUGAGGAACGGAUUGGAGAAAAAGAUUGAUGAGUAUAAUGAGUCGAUCUCGCGUAGGGUCUCGAUCCUGGAAAAUGCGUCGCCUUACAAGCGAGUCAAGGUGGAAGGCGACCACAUGGCCACGACACCCUCCCCCCCGAAACAAAAAGUACACCUAUCGCCGGAGAAUCAUUACCAGUCCGUCGAGGACAACCGCUCCGAAGAGACGAUGCCAAUACCCGUUAGCGACCCGAUCAUGUCUCCCAUAGACGAGCCUGAAGAGCCUGAAGAAGAAUACCAUCCUCCCGGACCGGCGGUGGCUCCCGGCGCACCGGCGAUUCCCGUUAAUCAUACCACUACCACAGGUCAUUUACUGCGCUGGCCGGCGAUCAGAGAGCUCACCCGCAGGGCUUUCUUACAGAACGGAAUCAAGCAUAUGGAGGAUUAUCCCCAGGGUUAUGAAGAAUCGCGAGGUAUUCUUCGUCUUUUUGGGUGUGGGGAGGGCCACGGUCUUAAGUUUGAUACUUCAAGCAAGAACAACGUCGACCCCGAGGCAAUUAGGGCCACCAUCGACACUGCCGAUGACAAUCUCGGAGAGCCAGUCGCAUCACCUUCUCCAAGCGCCGAGGCGUGGGGUCAAGUUGGAAGUCUGAGCCCCCCGAACUUGAUGGCCGGCAGUGUGCUCACGCCUGAUGGUCAUCCGGAUUACAGCGAAGAGAAGGUCUGGGCGUACGUGGAAUCGUUUGAAAAACACGUCAUGUCCUUGCAUCCUAUCAUUACGCCAAAUGACCUGAAGCCUCUUGUCAAGCGGUUCUUGAAACACGUUACCACGGGGAAACCGAAACCAGCUCCCACCAGCACCGCCAAAUUCGCAGUCACCACCGCCGAUUAUUCCAACAAGCGAAAGCGCUCACCCAGCGGAGACCAGCCAGAUGACCCUGUGCAGAACUCACGGAAGCAGGGCAGGCCUGCCCGUACCAUCGAGGUUGCUCUUGUUUUGAUGGUCAUGGGUUUAGGAAAGAUUUGCAGGUGGAAAGGUAAACUGCCGGAACCAGCACCGGAUACCGUCGAACCGUCGCAGAACUCACCACUGAAUCGGAACGGCCACCCAUCUUCUCCUGGUCCAGGCGGACAGGCAUCGCCACCGGUCUACUCCGCACACUCGCAAUCCUCGGGACUGCCUUCGCCGAAAGAACAGAACAACGGCAUACCGAGUCGACGACCAUCUCUGCAUGGAAGCGCAAAAGGCGGACGACCGGCUCGCAACUUCGAUAUCCUUCCUGGUCUCGAAUAUGUUGCUGUUGCUAGCGAUAUCAUCGGCAACCAACGCGGGGCUAACACCCUCAAGCAUGUCCAGGUGCACAUCUUGGCUGGACUCUACUACGGCCUGCUUGGCAGGCCUAUUGAGAGCUACAGGUGCUUGGCUGAUGCCGAUGUCUCCUUGCACCACCUUAUGCGUCGUGAUAUGGAUCGCUACCAAAAGAUCUGCAAUCUUGCCAAAACAGGAGUCAAGACGGAGUUGGACAGACGCGACACCAUGAUCAUCAUAAACUUCUGGUCAUGUUCCCAGUUGCAGGGCGACAUCAUCGCCGAGCUCGGUGUUUACCCCUCGAAUUGCAACAAAUACGACGACUCAGUGCCUUGGCCCAACGCCCUCAUCAUGGGAAAUGAGCUGCCUUUCCACGAGGUACAACAUUACAUGGCACAGCUCUACCUGCGAAAGGCGCUGAACUCGUUGCACGGCGAGCUUUAUAAGCCGUCUGAUGUGACGCCGAUGGACAUCAAGCUCAGCAAAAUUUCGGGGCUUGACAAGACACUGAGGAGCAUGGAAUGGGCGCGAGGGCUCAGCUUCUCUGAACAAGACCCUCCGGCAAACACGUUUCUGGAAGCCAGAUUGCGGGCCAAAUAUUGGGGAACCCAGGUCAUCACGUACAGACCUUUCGUCAAGCUCGUACUGGAUAUCUCGGCGAAGCUGCAACAGCGGACUGACGGUGCCACGCCCAAUUCCGACACCGCUGGUGGACUCGGGCUGUUCACCAAGGGCGAUGCGACCGCCUUCGUCGGACACGGGAUCGAGAGCCACCAGGAUCUCGUCAACACAGACACGAUUCAGUACGCCAAGAGAUGCAUCGAAGCCCUGUUCAAGAGCACCGAAUCUUUCCACAACGUGGACCACGAGCGGCUGCUGGUUACCAACAUCUUUGGCACGGCCUUGGCGCAAUGGGGUAAUCUUUUGACCCUGUCCGCGGCGUAUAAGGACCCGUGUCUCGGUCCUUUCGUCGACGCUCAACGCCUCCAGUACAACCUGUCGCGAACGAUUCAGAUGCUGCACCUGCAUGCCUCCGAGAAGAGCUCAUUAAAGAUUAACCAGAGGAUUCUCGAGCACAUUCAGAAAGACCUUUUCCGCAACGGCGGCGCGUACGAAGAUCCGAGAGCGACGAUCAGCUUCUCCAGCGCCGCAAGCGCGGCAAGCAUGUCCGGCCCGACGCUCCCGCCGCCACCGCCGCCGCCUGCGCCCGCGCCCAUGUCCGCGCCGAACCACCAUCCUACCGAUCAUCAGGGGCCGAUGGGUUUGGCGUACGCGAUGGAGCCCCAUCGCAGCGCACACAACUCCCCCAUCGCCGGCCAUCGUGUACUGAAUCACGCUCCCAACCACAACCACACACCUAAUCACACCUAUCAGGGUUAA